UAUAUGUUAUAAAGAAGUUAUAAAGAAGUUCCUCCUCGCGACUCGAAAACUGGUUGGGAGUCAUAGAGAGAGAGAGCUUUGGAUUGUGUUUCCUCAGGUCGGCGUUGCUCCGGCGCGUCGUCACUCACGAACACCAUAUUCGGUUUUGUUCCAUCUCUAGCUAGCCAUUAAACCAACUUUGAGUAUUAAUCGGUGGUUUAUUCGACAUGGAUCUGGGAUCCAAAAUUGAAGAAAAUUCUGGUGAGUUGCUUCCUCCGUCAAGUCUCAACCGGAGAUCUUCAUCGCCUCUUCUUGCUUGCUUAGAAUCUUCAGUUCCAGAUCCACGAUGGCCUAGCAAGCAUCGUUGGUCGGCGUUGAAGAACGAGGUUGCAAACCAAAUCACCAUAUCCUCUGCUCCCGACUCUUCUUCUUCACCGCCGGCGAAGUCUCUCCUUCCCACGGCCGUUGAGAAAUUACUGGUCUCUGUUCAUUCUACUACUCCGGUGGCAUCGAUAUCCAAAGUGGUGGAUGGUGUCUCGCCGGAAGAUACCCACUGCUCUUCUCACGAUGCCGUAAGUCAACCUCCUCCGAAGGUUCCAUCAUUACCACUUAACGCAGAGCCUGAACCGGUGUCUUCAAACGAGCUUUCAUCUGAACCCGUGGAGGUUGUUGUUGAUGCAUCUAACAAACCCAAUGCCCCUAAGGAUUUGGUUUCUCCACCUCUGAAAGGAGCUUGGGCGAAGAAGCUAAAGUAUACCUCUUCAUCCACCUCGCAACAAGCUGCGAAUGGAGUAACAAUCUCUGGACCGAGGAAAAAUCUUCCUGAAUCAUCACAGGAAGAUAAUCUAAGGUUUCCUUGGGCUGCUAAAAUGGAUCCGGCAGCAAGAAAUCUUUACAGAGCUACCUCACCGGAGUAUAUGGAAGACGGUACUCCAAAAGUAACAAUUCCGAGUCAUGUCUUGUUGCAAGAAACAUUUGAUCUCCUAGAGAUAUCAACUAUUCUUGUCUGGGUAACACUCAAAAAUAUACCACACAGGUUGUACUCAAUUCCAGGAAUUAGUCAUAUUGUAUCAGGGUUAGGUGCUCCUAUGGCUACGUAUAAACCAAGACUUGACCCUUCCUUAAUGGGUGAGGCCAAGAUAUUGGUGGAAGUGGAGCUGAGUAAAGCUUUCCCUCCUAGGAUUGCUGCAGCUGACAAAAGGGGUAACAUUUCUAUGGUGAAUGUUGAGUAUGCUUGGAUCCCAGCGGUUUGUGGAGAUUGUGGACAGUUAGGGCAUAAGGCCUCCCACUGUUUGCACCCCCAUCUGCCGAAUGAAAAAGUUACUCAGCUGGUUUCAAAAGAUGUCACCGCUCCUACUAUUGUAAGUAUUUCUAGUCUCUCUGCUUUGGUAUCACCAAUCACUCUUCCAUCUGAGCCUCCAGUUGCUCCCUUUACCACAACCACAAAAAUCCAACUCGGUACAGCUCUAGCAGUUGAGGCUAGCCCAAUCCAAGUCAUAGAGGAAAGCACCGAGGUGGCAGAUUGUCAUACAAUUGUUGAAGCUGGAAUUGUAACUGAGGCUGUUUACUCAGUUGAAAUAGUUGCUGAAAUAGCAGGCUCACAUGAACAUGCUCUUAGUGAAAGUGAGGUAAGACAUGUCAUGACUAACAACAGGUUUAACCAUUUGGGGUCUUCGUUUUCAGAUGGAGAGUCACUUGGGUCAGAUGAAGAUUCAAUUGAGUCCGAUGAUUCCGACACUGAGUCGAGAAUGUUGGAUCAAAUGACUCCGGCUGGACAACGAAUUUUGCGUGAAAGACCAGUUCAACCUUCCAUCAAAGCUAAGGAGAUAAAAGAAUCUUCUAAUGCUCGAGGAAGGGGUAACCGGGGACGUGGGAAUCGUGGACGCGGGAAACCAUGGGCGUGGUUAGGUGUCCUGUCAUGAAGAGAUAAGAAGCUAACCGAAGCGGAAGAGUCGGUUACCAACUUUAUUCUACUUGUAAUAUGGGCAUCUGUCUGUAUUAAUUUCUUGUUUUUAAGAACUGUAUGACUUAGCACAGUCAUGGCUUCUGUAUCACGAACUUGUUAUGAAUAAAAGAGAGGUUUCUCGUAAAAA